CUUGUGCACACGCUCACGCUGUGGCAGCAUGGCAGCGAAAAACAAGCACCGAAAGAAAAAUAAAGCGACUAAAACAGUGACGUUUGAAGAACAAAACGGAGAAAACGAGCCGCAGUCGGAAGACAAUAACGGAGAUGGUGACGAGGGUGAAAAAAGAGGGAGGAAAGAGGAGGAUGAGUUUAAUCUGGAGGAGGUUUUACGGUUGGGAGGGACACAGGCUGACUACGUCCUUCUAGCAGGCCUGAACGAUUCCAACGAACUCGUAGAUGGAGGGAACAAAGGAGCCAUAGAUGACCUGGAGGAGGGUGAACUGGAGAAGUUCAUCACCAAACUGGGCAUCCGAGCGUACGCUGGUCAACAGGUCAUCAUAGACGAGGAGGAGGAUGAAGCUGCUGGAACCAGUGAGAAGAAGGAUAGUAAAACACCUGAUACCAAAAAGGCUUCACCUGAAACACAGAAAGGACAUGAAACACAGGAGAAAGUGAAGGCAAAGGAGAAGAAGCCCAAGGAUGGUCCGACAUCAGCUGCAAAAAAGGCCAAACAGAGCGCCAGUGUGUUUGAGUUUCACCAGAGGAACGUGUUGCUCGUUAAGCCAGGGGGGAAGUGGUUCGACCUGGACUACAGUGCUGAGGGUUCAACGGAGCCACAGGACGCCUCGCUGGUGUCCCAGUACAAGACUCUGGCCCAGAAAUUGUUUGAAGCUGAGGUGGAGCUCUACAGGAGCAAAAAGAACCUGCAGAAAGGAGCCAACUCCGCCUGGAUGAAGACCGUCGUCUCCUCUGGCGUCCUCGCAGACAGGAUGGCAGCCAUGACGCUUCUGAUCCAGGACGCUCCGGUCCACGCUCUGGACCAUGUGGAGAACCUGGUGUCCAUGGUGAAGAAGAAGGGCAGCAGGAGGAUGGGCCUGAUGGCUCUGGAUACGCUGCGGGAGUUGCUGUUGUCUGACCUGCUGCCUGAGCAGAGGAAGCUCCGCCCCUUCGCCCAACACCCAUUCAGCGAGCUGGAGGAGAAAGCCAGUGGCAACAGGGAUGCCCGAGACCGCCGCCUCAUCCUCUGGUACUUUGAGCACCAGCUGAAGCACCUGAUGGCUGAGUUUGUGACGGCCUUGGACUCGGUGGCUCACGACACGGUGGCAGCGACGAAGACGAAGGCGCUGAUGACCGCCUUCGAACUGUUGAGCAGCCGACCGGAACAGGAGAGGGCGCUGCUCAUCCAGGUGGUGAAUAAGCUGGGAGACCCUGAGUACAAGACGGCGACCAAAGCCUCGUACCUGCUGGAGAUGCUGCUGCACAAACACCCGAACAUGAAGGUGGUGGUUUGUAGCGAGGUGGAGCGCCUCAUGUUCCGUCCCAACAUCGCCCCCAAGGCGCAGUACUACGCCAUCUGCUUCCUCAGCCAGGUGCUGCUGAGCCACGACGAGGCCGAACUCGCGGCCAAACUCAUCGCCAUCUACUUCUCCUUCUUCCGCGCCUGCGUCAAGAAGAAGGAGGUGGAGUCGAAGAUGCUGAGCGUGCUGCUGUCGGGCGUGAACAGGGCGUAUCCCUACGCCGAAGCCGGGGACGAGAAGGUGAAGGAGCAGCUGGACACGCUUUUUAAAGUGGUCCACCUGGUCAAGUUCAACACGGCGGUGCAGGCGCUCAUGCUGCUGUUCCAGGUCAUGGACUCGCAGCAGAGCGUGUCCGACAGAUACUACACGACUCUGUACAGGAAGCUGCUGGACCCUGGGCUGUCGUCGUCCUCCAGACAGAGCAUGUUCCUCAACCUGCUGUACAAGUCCCUGAAGGCCGACAUCAUGCUGCGUCGGGUCAAAGCCUUCGUGAAGCGGCUACUGCAGGUCAGCGCCGAGCAGAACGCCAACUUCGCCUGCGGAGCGCUGUUCCUGGUGUCGGAGGUCAUGAAGGCCAAGCCCGGACUGAGACUCCUGCUGCAGGAGGAGGGGGAUGGGGAAGAUGAGACGUUCAAAGACCUCGCUGAAGACAAUGAGGAUGAUGAUGACGAUGAGGAGGAGCGCUUUGUGGAUGCCAACAAAGUGGAGGAAGGAGUAACUGUACAGACAGAGGACACCAAACCCACUGCAUCAUGGGUACAUCACCAGAACCUGGAGGGGGGGAAGAGCGUUCAGAGCUACGACCCUCUGCACAGGAACCCCAUGUUCUGCGGUGCAGAUCACACCACGCUGUGGGAGCUGCAGAGGCUCGCUCUGCAUUUCCACCCGUCGGUGUCGCUGUUCGCAAAAACCAUCCUGCAGGGGGGGUCCAUCCAGUACUCAGGAGACCCCCUGCAGGACUUCACCCUCAUCAGGUUCCUGGAUCGAUUCGUCUUCAGAAACCCCAAACAGCUGAAGGGAAAACAAAACACAGACAGUGUUGUGUUACAGCCCAAACAGAAGUCCCCUUCCAGCUCCCUGCCAGUGAACUGUGAGGAGUUUCUGUCCAAAGAGGAGAGUCAGAUCCCUGUGGAUGAGAUCUUCUUCUAUCGCUUCUUUAAGAAACGACAGCAGGAGAAACAGAGCCGGAGGCCGAGGUCAGACGGUGACAACGAGAGCCUGGAGGACGUGGACGAUGACGAGUUUGAGAAAAUCCUGGAUUCCUGCGAAGGAGACUCGUACUUCACCGACCUGCCGGGUGACGACCUGGACUUCGCCGGGAGCGUGAAUAAAAAGAAGGGUAAGAAAACUGCAGAGGACUCGGACUCCGACGACUCGGACAUGGACGACCUGGAUGACGAGGAGGUGUCUCUGGGGAGUAUGGACGAGGAGGACUUCGGGGACGAAUUGGAGGACGAAGGAGGGAUGUUCAUGGACCCGGACGGAGCAGAGGAGGAUGAUGAUGAUGAAGUUCCAGAGCUGGAGGAUGAAGACGAUGCAUUUGGAGAUUCAGGUGAAGAGAUGGAGGAAGCAGAAAUCAGUCCGAUGGUGACGAAGACGAAGAAAAGGAAAAGCACAGAAGAGUUGGACUUUGAGUUUUCAGGCUCAAAACAGGGGACGAAGAAGAAGAAGAAGAAAGGAAAGAUGGAUACAGCUGUGUUCACAUCUGCCGAAGAGUUUGGAUCCAUGCUGGAUGAAAAUGCCGGCGCCAAGUUUGACAACAUUGGACUGAACGCUAUGGCCAACACGGACAAAGCAGGUGUGAAACAGCUCAAGUGGGAAUCUCAGCGCGACGACUGGAUCCACGACCGCGACGUCAAGACGCUACGCAGGAAGAAGGCCACGUUCAACCGGAAGAGGACGCCGUUCGGUCGAGCCGUGACGGGAAGCAGGAUGUUCGGGAACAAGAAGAGGAAGAAGUAGAAGAGGAACGAGCCUCAGUCCUGUUUGGUGGACCAGGCCUCGUGGUCUCCCUCUCGGAUGCCGUAGAUCCCCGCCCACUCGUUGGACUUGUAAUAAACUGAGACAAACACAUUCCGUCAGCUGAUGCAGACGCUGCAUUCUGAUUGGACACAAGGACAAUCCAGCUCUAAGUUUUCUAACUGCGGUGAUGUUUGUACAUUUUCAGAUGUUCCAUAACGAUUCAGCGUGUACAACAAAUUAAACUUAUUAACAUUUCUAUUCAACGUCUAAGU